CUCUCUUCUACUUUCAAUCCCUUCCCUUCUUUUCAUCAUCUUUUCAGAGUCUCAAGCAUCGCUGUGCGAUUGCCUCUGUUUUUAUUCUUCACCCACCUUCUUUUCUUCUUUUUGUAAAAGUAUUUUUUACACUCUUUUUUUUUGCUUUUAUACCAUUGUUUAAAAACACCACAACUGGCAAAAUUUCCGACAAGUGAAAAUGAAGUCGUCACUCGCAGCCUCCGUUCUCCUAGCUGUUGCAGCUGAAGCCCGCUUCGGCCAAGAACAGGGCAAUGGCGCUAUUUCUGCCAUUGGCGCAUUGACAAACUUGGGACAGCCUGGACAAGCUGCUACUCUGGCUGGAACCUCAAUUCAGUUCCUCCUUGCUGCCGCCAACCCCUGCGGAAAGCUCACCCAGGCCGAUCUUAUCUUGACCCAGCUUGGUACAAGUGAUGCUGCUGUUGCAGCUGCCCGUGGACUGGUUGCUGCUGAGCAAAACUUCAACCCCUUUGUUGUCAGCGUCCCUUCCAUCUGCGGUGAUCCUACACUGCCAAAGUCUGCCCAGCUCCGUGGAGUCGUCCCUCUGAUCGACCCUGCGGUGGUUGGCUCAGAUCUUGAAAACAAGAACGCCGCCGCCUCCAAGACUACGCCAUUCCCAGCUGAUGGCCUUAGUGUGGCCCAGGUCAUGAUCAAGCAGGGCUUUUCCAACUUCACCAUUGUGAACGCGGAUGGCUCUAAACAGCAAGCCUCGGGAGGAUCAGCCGCAGCCGCAGCACCCUCCAGCUCAAAGGCUGCCAACGAUGCGGCGGCAAAGACCACUGCUCUGGCUGCUACCGCAGUUCAGUCAGAAGGAUGCGGCAUCCCCACCACCAUGAUCACCAUCACCAGGACUGCCAUUGUUUCUCAGACUGCCGCAGCUUCCAAUGAUGCUGCGGCGUCCUCUGGAGCCGCAGCUUCUUCCGGCAACAACAACAACAACAACGCUCAAGCUGGCACUUGUACCGGCAGCGGCAGCACUCUGGCGUGCUCAUCUCCCUCCAAUGGCGCUCGUGCCGUCAAGAACGCUGUCACCGGUAACUUUGACGGAUUUGUGAAGUCCACUAUUGCAGGUCUUGAUUUCGGUCUCUGCGUGCCCACUAUGAAAUUUGAGGCUGGGCUCGAUGGACGCAAGGACACCGAGUUCACCUUCCAGGCUAUCGAUCCCCUCGUCAACAAAGGCCAGGAGGAGGCCCUCAACCCCAACAUCAUCACCAACCGAAUCCACGACCAGCUCACCAACGUCUGCGGAGCCAACGCCGCCGCCAAGUCCGCUGUUGCAGCUGCCCAGGCUAAGAUUUCUGCUCUGGGCACCAGGAACGCUGACACUGCCAACACCUGGAACUCUCUUCUUGGUUUCGCCAACACUAAUAUUAACCCCGACAACGCUCCUGUUGCCGGCCUUGUUGGACACACUUAAGAUGGAAAAAGACGGUGCCUACAUGGACUUACCACACUUGCUCUCAGCGGUUGUGGAAAAAUGUGUAUAACAGCUUAUUAUUCUUUGUAAAGUAGUUUUUCGAGAGAUGACCAAAAACAUUAAUAAAAAAUACAAUAAAGCCAAUAUGGUAUAAACGUCCAUUUACC